GUGUGUGGCUGAUACACACACACGGUGCCGAUAACAUCAUAAUACUGAAAGCUGUAGAAGCUCUAGCGGGUAAUAGUGUUUGAAAAAAAAACGAGUUGGUUGUUAGUGUUAGCAGUGGCGGUAGCCACGGAGCCUUUUCCAGUAGCUGUGUUGCGCCUGCCCCUGCUCCACCCAAAUCUGCUUCCCCUUCCCCCUGGAGCUUUAACAGCAUUGCUAUGGUGGAUGUAAGCAAAUGGCCCCUGUUCAGCCUCAUGAGCGCACAGGAUGCCAUAUCAAUACGUCAAGCGUGUGUGUUUGGAACAUCCGCCAAUGAGGCAAUCUACAUCACUCAUGAUAACGAGGUGUACGUGUUUGGACUGAAUUGCAGUAACUGCUUGGGAACAGGCGACAGCACGAGCACCAUCGUCCCUAAAAAGUUAGACUGCCUGAGUGGGAAGAAGGUGGUCAGUCUAAGCUAUGGCAGUGGGCCACAUGUGUUGCUUGCUACAGAGGAGGGCCAUCUAUAUGGGUGGGGACAUAACGGAUACAGUCAGCUGGGUAACGGGACCACCAAUCAAGGAGUGUCUCCAGUGCAUGUGUCUACUAAUCUGCAGAACAAAAGCGUGAUCGAGGUGGCUUGUGGAUCUCAUCAUUCAGUCGCACUGACCCACGAUGGAAAGGUGUUUGCUUGGGGUUACAAUAAUUGUGGUCAAGUGGGGUCAGGAUCUACAGCCAACCAGCCCACUCCACGCAGGGUCUCCAACUGCCUCCUCGACAAAGUAGUGGUCAGCAUAGCCUGUGGUCAGACCUCCUCCAUGGCAGUAACGGACAAUGGAGAGGUGUACGGUUGGGGUUAUAACGGUAACGGACAGCUUGGACUGGGGAACAAUGGAAAUCAGCUGACGCCAUGCCGUAUAGCAGCGCUACAGGGCGUUUGUAUCCUACAGGUCGUCUGCGGUUAUGCUCACUCACUGGCACUAACAGACGAGGGACUGUUGUAUGCAUGGGGAGCCAAUACUUAUGGUCAGCUUGGAACAGGCAACAAGAGCAAUCAGCUCAGCCCCAUUCAGGUCAUGGCUGAGAAAGAGAGGAUUGUGGAGAUAGCAGCAUGUCACUCCACACACACCUCAGCAGCGAAGACGCAGAGCGGCCGGGUGUACAUGUGGGGCCAGUGCAGAGGCCAGUCCAUUGUCUUACCCCUCCUCACACACUUCAGCUGCACCGACGACGUCUUCGCCUGCUUCGCGACACCAUCGGUCAUGUGGCGGCUCCUGUCCAUGGAGCACGAUGAUUUCCUGACCGUGGCCGAGUCUCUGAAGAAAGAGUUUGACAGCCCUGAGACCUCAGAUCUUAAAUUCAGCGUAGAAGGCAAAUUUAUUCACGUCCACAAAGCGGUACUUAAAAUCAGAUGUGAACACUUCAGAUCCAUGUUUCAGUCCCACUGGAAUGAAGAUAUGAAAGAGGUGAUUGAGAUCGAUCAGUUCUCCUACCCCGUCUACAGGUCCUUCCUCGAGUUCCUCUACACGGACACUGUUGAUCUUCCUCCAGAGGACGCUAUUGGAUUGCUGGAUCUGGCAACUUCGUACUGUGAGAACAGGCUCAAGCGACUGUGUCAGCACAUCAUAAAGCGGGGCAUCACUGUGGCAAAUGCCUUCUCCCUGCUUUCUGCUGCAGUCCGAUACGACGCUGAGGAUCUUGAAGAGUUCUGCUUCAAGUUCUGUGUGAACCACCUGACCGAGGUGACUCAGACGGCAGCAUUCUGGCAGAUCGACGGGAACAUGCUGAAGGAGUUUAUCUGUAGAGCCAGCCGCUGUGGAGCUUUUAAAAACUGACUUAAAAAAAAAAAACCUUUGCACAGCUGUUACUACAAACUCAUCCACAUCACUAGAUGGUGAAAUGUUAUUUACUGCGAGUAGGUACUGUAUGUACUGUAUAUAAAGAAAUAGACCAUAUUUUUCCACUAGACUUUACCACACUUGGUUUGUCUGUAUUUGCUAGGUCAUCUUAAUUUCUGUUACAGAGCAGUGCACCGUGUCAGUGUUACUCUGUUUAUAAUCUAUUCCGGUGUCUGUUUAUUUUGCACCUGACUGUGUGAGUCAAAAUAAUGUUCUUAAACACAUGCUGGCCAUGCUGGGCUUGUUGUAAUGUAGCGGGGGCUGAAUAACACUUUUUGGUAGUAAAGUUUGAAUAAUAUUACUAUACUCUGCAUAAUUGCACAAAAUCAUUUGCCCCUGGACAUCACAGGCCAAUAGUCAGAGCCAGGGUUAAAGUCAUGGCGGGUUUUUACUUUCCUGAUUCGGGGCAGCUCUGUUUUUUCAUAUUAUAAUGGUGAAUGAGGACAUUCAUGCAUCUCUAUAUAUUUGCUGCUCCAUUGUUGACUUAAGCAAAAAAUUUUUCCUUGUUACUAAUUUUGCUUUGAUAGGUUCAAGGAUUGAUUUUUUUGGUUUUUUUUGUUUCAGUUUUUAAUCUGUGUUUAUAUAACUGUUUAUUUUCCCCGCCUACAUAAUCCUUUCUAGUAGUACAUAAUAACUUGCACAGGAAUUUCCUUUGACUGAGAAUUUAAGACAAACACCCAGCUGGACACAAAGACACUCUUUAAAGAUGCACCGCUCCUGAUUUAUAAAUAGUUAUAAACAGUUAUACAAAGUCUAAAUAAUAGCUAAAAGGGAUUCAAUUCUGACCUCUUUGCUUGUUAAUAAUGGCAAAAGACACUCAUUAAACUGCUAAAAGCUAUUAAUACUAAUUAAGCAGAGUUUACAUAAAAAUAAAUACAAGCAUGCAAUUAGCUUUUAGAACACAGCCAGUGUGCUUUGAUACCGAUCGAGUGUUUCAGGCUAAUUUUAGUCUAAUAAUCUCUCAGUUGUUGAUCAGUCCAUGUUUAAUUUAUCUUGUGUUAUUUUUAUUUCUCAUGACUUACCUUAUGAAAGUGAUAUUUCUUAUUAAUUGAUUUUUUUGCUUUUGGUUUAUUCAAAACGCUUGUUGUGAAUAUGUAAAGAAGCGGCAAGUGAAAUGUACAGUAUAUAUUGUAUAGGAUUUGCACUAAACAUAAAAUUAAUUGAUUUUAAAUAAAGUGAUUCAUGAAGA